AUGACUUCCUCUUCUUUUGAGUUUGUACAGGGCAAUGAACGAUUAGACUGGGGUGUGCUUGUGGCUAUCGACUUGCAACGCCUCACAAAGGACACCAACGUUGACACGCUUCAGCGCAUAGUAGAAAAUUUAGCGUUUUCGCACAUAUCCCGAGACGAAGCCGCAAUGUUUUCGCCGGAUCACAUUCUGCACCUCUUCAAGCUCAUGCAGGUCGUCAUACAAUACUUAGUCUUUUCACAGGAAUGCCUAGCCAAGCUGAAUGGACGAUUAAACGACCACGUCGGGGAGCUGCGCGGCGCUGUGGAUCUCCUGGAACAGUCGAAAGCCAGGCUGCUUGAUGAGCGAGAGGUGCUUAAGAAGGAGGUGAAGGCGCAGCGGCGGACGCUGCUCGCCUACGAGUACACCGCCGCCGCCACGUCGAGGGGGAGGGACCACCUCGACGCACGCCGGACGUCCGCCACGCCCCCUGGUGCCGCCCCAGCAAAGUCCUUCGUCUGCCCCACCUGCGGCGCGGCCUACCACAAGGCUGAGUCGCUCCAGUCCCACGUGCGAAAGCGUCACGGCGCGGGGUUUCCUCGGGAUGGGGCCGCCGCCCCCGCUGCAGGGGCGAUGCCCUCCUCGGCGGACGCCUCGCGCCAUGAGGCAGAGCUUCGGCAGAUGCAGGAUCGACUCGAACACUUGGAGCGGCAACUCGAGAAGGAGCGCGACGCCGCGUCUCAACAGCAGCGCGAUCAGAUGAUGCAACUUCUCAUCCAGCAGAUCAGCAACCUUAAAGACUCCACUAAUGAGCGCGCGAAGGACUCCCAGUCGCAGCCGCUACCACCACCACCACCACAGCCCCUCUCGGCCCUGCCAGGCGCCGCGUCGCCCACACCUGCUGCGAUGGAGAUCACGGGACUGAGCCCGUCGCGGGCUCUUCCCGUAACGCACGGUAACAUACUGCCGAGGUCAGCGGACUCCAUUUCCUCCAUCCCAGUUGUGCCGGAUCUCGCGGCCAUGACGGAAUACAACCUCUCCCGGCAGCGGCAGACUGAGCAUGCCACUCUGGUACGUCAAAUGCAUGAUCUUGAGAAGGAGCUUAGGGAUCUGAAGCAGGUAGCGCGCGAGGAGGUGGGGGUGAAGUCAAAGCCUGCUUCUAUUCUCAUGACGUCGUCACUCCCCUUUGAAGGUCAUAAAGCGGCCCCAGAAAAGCCUCCCCAGACCAUUCUGCAGACACCUGCCAGCAUCGUCCCUCUGAAACCUCCAGCCGUUCAACCCGACAUCGUCGGCACCAUCUCUAUGACGCCUCCCCCUGAGGCUCCCAAGAAGUCUCCAGCUUUGUUACCCAUUUCGACGCCACCACCCACUAAAAGCGCUGUUCAGGUACCGUACUCUACGAUUCCAGUUCAGCCCUCCGCGGCUUCGGCGGUACCAGCGCAACCUAGCAUCCCCACUCUCUCUACCAUCACAACCUCAAACCAGGACACUCCCUCCAUUCCGGGGUGGGUACAAGACUCCAAACAGCAAACCGCCACGGUGGAGACAGGUAAUAAAGCUCCAUGGCGCCCCAAGGAAUACUCGAUCAGCCUGAGCAGCUCCACUAGUACGGCAUCGACGGUGCAGCCAAACGAACCUCCUGAUGGCAGCAGCGGUCUCGACGCAACCCGGGUGCUAGGCCCCACAUCCCCCACGAACUACUCCUUUCUCAACAGCCUCUCCAGCAUCAAGCCUGCGGCGGCGAUGCCCGACAGCAAGGCUCUGAGUCCGACGCCCGCGUUGGUCCCGUUCACCCCGACGCCAUCCACAGCCACGUCAGCCCCUAUCCCCACCCCAACGGUGGUGCCGACGGCGACGGCUGCGACGCCUACGAUGCCAGGACAGCCCGCCUACGCUACGGCGCUGGUCCCGACCACCGGCGGGAUCGCAGCGACGUUCCAGAGCCCGACGCCGAACUCCAAUCACACGACUUUGAGAUUGCUGCGUCGUAGCCCUGAUUCGAGUGAUUCGGACGAUAGUAGUAGCUGA